CUCUCUCUCUCUCUCUCUCUCCCUGUGUGUAGGUGGGAAACCCUCGUGUGGAGCUCACUCUCUCAGAGCUACAGGAGAUGGCCACUCGUCAGCAGCAGCAAAUUGAGGCCCAGCAACAGAUGCUUGUCGCUAAGGAGCAACGGUUGCGCUAUUUGAAGCAGCAGGAGCGACGGCAGCAGCAGACUGUGUCUGAGACCGAGAAACUACAGAGGUUAAAGGAGAGGGUGGAGAGUCAGGAAGCCAAACUCAAGAAGAUCCGUGCCAUGAGGGGCCAAGUGGACUACAGCAAAGUCAUCAAUGGCAACCUGUCCGCAGAGAUCGAGCACAUCAGCGGGAUGUUCCAGGACAAGCAGGCAGAGCUGCAGGCAGCCGUCUUGAGGGUGGAUCAGCUCAGCCAGCAGCUGGAGGACCUGAGGAGAGGCAAACUAAAUGGCCUGCAGACCCUCGGAGGUCAGGUCACUGGCACCGCUGCCCUGGAGCUCCGCAAACUGUACCAGGAGCUGCAGAUACGCAAUAAGCUGAAUCAGGAGCAGAACAGUAAACUUCAGCAGCAGAAAGAGCUGUUGAAUAAGAGAAACGUGGAGGUGACACUGAUGGACAAGCGUAUCAAUGAGCUCAGAGAUCAACUAUACAAGAGAAAAGCUGAGGCACGUCAAAAAGAAAACCUUCCCCUGAAUAGAGUAAACGGUCCUCCCUCUCCCCAGCCGGCUCCCGGAAACACCGGCCGUGUGGCUGCUGUGGGACCCUACAUCCAGGUCCCGGUGCCAGGCAGGCAGGAGAGUUAUGUAGUGCCCCCUGAACCUCUCAAACCUCAGUCACUGGGUGUUAACACCCCAGCCAACCAUGCCUGCUCCAAAUCAGCAAAUGAUGCCGGUUGGCCCACCCUCAACAAGAGCAACACAUCAGUCAAAGCACCUGACUGGAAGGAGUCUGGAACAGACACGACCAUUAAAACAGCAUCACCUGCAGGCACUCCUGGAGAUAAGGAUUCCAGUCAAAUGGGCUCAGCUCCUCCUCUCAAUAAGCCCCAGCCUCCCCCAUACGGAGCCCAUACCAGCAACCACCCCCUCUCAUCUGCCAACUCGGGUUCCACCAGCUCUUUAGACCGACGCAAGGAUGUUCCUCUCAGACCGGUGCCCAGCCUACCCACCAACCCACCGCCGCAGCCGGCCUGGCCCCGUGUUCCCCCUGCACCCACCGGCUCUUCCUCUCAGCAGAUCCAGCAGCGCAUUUCUGUGCCCCCCAGUCCCACCUUCCAGCCCAGUCCACCCUUUUUCCCCCCCAGUGAGAGGCCAGACCCUCCUCUGGCUGUAGCGGUAAGGCCGUUUAUCCCAGAUAAGGGCUCCAGACCGCAGUCACCCAGAAAAGGCCCAGCCACUAUGAACUCAAGCUCCAUCUACCAUAUGUACUUACAACAAGCAGCCCCCAAGAACUACCCUCUGAACAUCAAGCCCGCAGUCAAAGCAGUAUAUGGUAAGCCAGUCCUGCCUCCCAGCUCUACGCCCCCCUCUCCCUUACUUUUUGGGGGCUCUGGGGCCUUUCCUGCCCUGCAGGGUCCAGGAGGGGACAUGUUGGAUGUUGAGCUGGACUUUGAUGGUCAAAUGAUGGGUCUUCCUGAGCCACCCCCACCCAAUGUGGACCACAUCCCGCGACCUCUCAGCCCCACUAAACUCACACCCAUGGUGCACUCCCCUAUGCGCUACCAGAGCGAUGCUGAGCUGGAGGCCUUGCGCAAGAAACUGGCCAAUGCUCCACGACCGCUUAAGAAACGCAGCUCGAUUACGGAACCAGAGGGUCCCAAUGGGCCUAACAUCCAGAAACUUCUCUAUCAGCGGUUCAACACCCUGGCUGGAGGGAUGGAAGGAGGAAUGGGCGAUGUGAGUGGUGGUGGAGGAGUGACUCCAUUCUACCAGCCCUCCACGACCACAGGUGAAAUGCUCUUUGAUGCAGACAAUGGGAAUCAACUUUCAGAAACACCCAUCGUGCCCUCGGAGGGCGCUGUUGCUGAGGAUGUUGUCCCGCAAGGUGAUGCCAAUGAUAAUGAGCCCCCAGAGCAAAUGGCUGAGACGCUGACUCCUCCAGCACCAGAACCGUCAGAAGACAAUAACAAUAAUCCUGCAGAAACAUUAGCAAUUUUGCCGAGUCCUGUAGCUGAGGCCAGCACACCUGAAGAAGCAGACACCUGUCCCUCAUCCCAGCCCACGGGCAAACGCACGAACCUAAAGAAACCCGACUCGGAGCGGACGGGUCACGGCCUUAGAGUGAAGUUCAACCCACUCGCUCUGUUGCUGGAUGCCUCACUGGAGGGCGAGUUUGACCAUGUACAAAGGAUAAUCUAUGAGGUUGACAAUCCCAGCACCCCUAAUGAUGAGGGCAUCACACCCCUCCAUAACGCAGUGUGUGCCGGACACCACCACAUCGUCAAGUUCCUGCUGGACUUUGGUGUUAAUGUGAAUGCAGCUGACAGUGAUGGCUGGGCGCCCUUGCAUUGUGCUGCCUCCUGUAACAGCGUGCACCUGUGUAAGAUACUGGUGGAGUCUGGUGCUGCCAUCUUUGCCACCACUAUCAGCGAUGUAGAGACGGCAGCAGACAAAUGUGAGGAGAUGGAGGAGGGUUACAUACAGUGCUCACAGUUUCUCUAUGGUGUGCAGGAGAAGUUGGGAGUGAUGAAUAAGGGAGUUGUGUACGCGCUGUGGGAGUAUGAGGCUCAGAGCGCAGAUGAGCUUUCCUUUCAGGAGGGUGAUGCCAUUACUGUCCUACACAGGAAGGACGAUACCGAGACAGAGUGGUGGUGGAGUAAACUCAAUGACAAAGAGGGCUAUGUGCCACGGAACCUAUUAGGGCUUUACCGCAGAAUAAAACCAUGUCAGAGGUCUCUGGCGUAACUCUCUCGACUCUCUCGACUGACCGGACUGAUGUCUCGAGGUGUUGAACCUCCGUCUUUCACCUCUAUGUGCCACUUGGACCACAGAAGGGCUGAAGCUGCUAAACCCUGAACCUGGAGGCACUAUUAACCGCACUACUCAAACACACUCUCCAGCGAGCACCAGGCCAAACAAGCAGCCUCAGGUUUCUCUGUCUGCCCCCAUCAGCUCAGCCACCAGGCCUCCGUAUCUCCCACUUCACUCCUCGCACGCUCUCUUGUAUCCAUGUUAAAUGUAUUAUAGCUGUACAUCACACUUUGGGGAUCAAGCACUAAUCACUGACGAGAGCUUUUCUCUAUUUGUAUUUGCUUACCCAUGAUGCUUUGCAGAGAAGACCAGGGCAGGCAGUGCUCUUUGUCAGAGAGAGAGAUUCUCUAUACUUGGAAUUGAACUGGAUGAAUGAGAGCUGAGGUUAUGUAAGCUUAAAACAAAGGACUUGUGUGUGAAUUUUAUAGCUUAUAUCUACAAAAACGAGUGUAUAAACUGGAAGUAUAUGAGAGCAGAGAACAAAAUAUAAAUAGUUUGCGAUUAUUCUGAUCUAUGACUGAGGAAUCCCAUAAACUGAUGGGCAUGCAUAUGAUUCAUAAAGGUGCAUAUAAGUGAGAGUGUAUGUGUUGCGUAUGGGAUUUAUGUAUGAGUUUGAAUUUUCUUUUUUCACUGCAGUGAGCAUCAUACAGAAGUGUGAAGUGCUGAGAAGAGUUUUUCACAGCAUAAGAGUGUUUUGAAGAGUGUAUGUGUGAAGUGUUAGAAAGAUUGAGAUGAACCAUCAUUUAUGAAAUCAGUAAGUAUUUAGCUUACAGUGAUUGACACUAUACGUUUUUUGUCAGUUUGUUGUCUGUAGAGGGUUUGGCUAGAAUUCCACGGCUCUGAUGAAUUAAGCUGAAAAAUUUCUCUGCAUUUACAUUUAUUUUAAACUUUUUUGUUUUUAAAAGUUUCUUUAUAUUAUACCAACCCAUUCCACUCCACUCCAGUUUUUAGUCAUGUGAAAUGAUUUUUAUAAUCUGCUGUUAAGGCAGUGAAGAGCUUUAUCGUGGAGUUUAACCUUGUAAAUACUGUGAUGAGGACAGGAGAGGAGACCUGCUUGACUCGAUGCUGUUAGACUAAACUGCCCGUGUGGGCUUCUGUGAAAUACAGCGACUCGCACCUUGUGUUCUAUACAUGACAACAUAAUAAAAAUAAAUGAGUCGUAGCAAGAAA